UGAGAAAGCAUUUUACUCAUAGAAGUAUAUGUAUUUUAACACUUAAUUUUUAAUUACUUUUACAAGUUAGUGUUAUUAAAACCCAGUUGAUGAUUUUUGUGUUUUUUAUCAGAUUCUUACUCGAAUAGAUUGUGGGAACUACUAGAUAUUAUAAAAGUAAUUAUCCCAACCAAAUGAUGAAGAAAUAAUUUUAGUGUUAUAAUACUAUAUAAAAAUCCAUAUUUAAUAAUUUAUUUUCAAUGCUCCUAAUAUAUCGUGUUGACUCAGGAGUGUGUAUAUAAUUUCAAGUUAUUAAUGACUGAUGUAUCUUCUGUAUCAACUCCAUCGGGAUUCGAUCCAGGCUCGACAGUGGUUUUGAAGGGCUUUCCCUCAAGUUUUGGAAAGAACGAAUGCAGAAAUUUUUUCUCAUGGUUUGGGCCCGUCAUUUACGUGGAUAAAGUCAAGGAUAAUUCAGGAGAAUCCUGUUUCGUGGUUGUUUUCGCCUCUAAUUACCACUCAGAGCAAGUUCUAAACAUGAAGACUAUAAAUUUGAAGGAAAAUGGAGAUCGUGUUACAGUUCAUUCCCCCAAAGAGAUGGAGUCACUCUGGAAUUCCAUUGGCGGCAUGGUUCAAAAUGCCACAUCGACUGCUCAGGAUAAAAUAAGUGGUGCCUUUGAUGGGUUUAAAAUCAAUCUCGGGGGUUACUUCGGAACAUAGAAUUAUUUUAAAAUGUUUCUAAUUUACAUUGUACAAUAAUUUAAUAUUUUAUAGUA